UGCCUUGAGACGAGCAGAAUGCGUUCUGACCGGAGUCACCCGAGCCAGCGGCUCUCAGCUCAGCGCACCGCAUGCAAGUUUACCCUGGACGAUGUUUAGGGGGUUUUGGACUCGUUUCAGAAACAUGAUCGUCUUUAACGUCUGGGAGGAAGAGGUGGACUUCAAUUAUUGCGCGCAGGCCCCUUGCCAAAAGCUCUCCGUCUGCCUGUCUGCCGUGGAAACCUCUUUCUCUCACUGUUUUUUAUCUUGCUAAUUUUUGGGGAGCGAUGAAUACGGACAGAGGAUAAGCGACUUCCACAGAAUGGAAUGCCUUUGUAUCGUCACCACCAAGAACAGGCCCCCGGCUGUGCAAGGCUGCCCCCACCCCCCCCAGCCAGUAUGUAUGCACCCGGGCUGCAUGCACCCCGCCCUAAUGAGCUCACCCUGGUACCAUUACCAGGACGAAGACAUGCUUCCGCAGGACCACGGCUAUCCCCGGCUCACACACGAGGUCCAGCCCCCAGAGCUCCUGCACGUGACGGAGAACACUCCGGAAGGGGACGGCAUGCACGGCUACGCAUCCCACUCCCACCUCUCGCCCCUAAAGCACUCUGUUACCCGCUGUGACCUUACUUACCCAAGCCUGACCGCUGCAAACUACAUGAUGUGCGCCUGGGCGGAGUGCGGAGACCAAAGCGCGCUUCAAACGCAGCUCCGCAGCUGCUGCAGAGACACGAGGAGGCUGGGGCACUUUGAACCCCUGCGUCCCCACCGCGCGCACGCGACCUUCAUCUCGCCGUCUGCCCUUCCCUCGCUCGCUGCCUCUCUCCCCUCCUCUCCCUCCCUCGGCUACGAGUCGUUCCAGAGCCACCGCUGUACACGCAGCUUCCAGAUUUCUGACCCGGAUAUCAGACUGUUUCUCUGA